GCAAGGUGCCACUGGUCCAUCUCUCCUGCACCGCCGGGACAAAGAAACGGCGAGAAGAGGCCGAAGUACAAGAGGGAGGGGAAGGACUGACCCUCACUGUGUCGCUAGCUUAGCUUCAUCUGACUGCUCCAAGGACGUCAGCAUCCUCAUCCUCGCAGAGUUAUCAGCAACCAUGGAUUCAGUCUCCCAGCAGCCCGUCAUGUGUGAGGUCUGUGGAACGUACUUUGAGACAAGGCGAGGGCUCUCCAGCCAUGCCCGCCUGCAUUUACGGCAGCUCGGUGUGACGCUGUCGGAGAGCAGUGGCGCUCCAAUUGAACUGCUGUACCAGAUCAUCCAGGAGAGAGACGGCUCCCUCCCUGACUUCACAACAACUUCCCCUGCACCUCCGCUCACCCCCUUCAAAAAAACAGCCCAGCAGGAGCCCAGGACCCCUCCAGCUCCACAGGACAGGGGCUCCUCCUCCAAAGCAGGGGUUAAAGUCAUGACACCCUCACUAAAGACAGCCUCUCAGGGAUCUCCAUCCAGCUUGAAGGAGUCAGCCGCCUCUCUCGUCCCUUCAUCCUCCUCUACUUUCAGGGCAACCGAGUCAAGAAUAAGUGAAGGAAGCAGCUCAUCCUCCUUAGGGCUUCACCAGCCUGCAACCAAGCCACUUUGGGCGCCACAGGAAACUGAUGCCCCCCUCACCUUAGCCUCGAACACCAAUGAUGAAGUUCAUGUGUGCCAGCUUUGUGGCUCUUGGUACGAGACACGCAAAGGCCUGUCCAGUCAUGCCCGGUCCCAUCUGCGCCAGCUUGGAAUAGUAGACAAUGAAACUAAGGGUAGCCCCAUUGAACUCCUUUACAAGAUCAUGGAGGAUGAGGACUUGAAGCCCAUUGAGAGUGAGCUACAGGAGCCGAUCGACUUAGACAACCAACCUAAUUCCUCCACAAAAUUUCCCUCUCACCUGUCUCCAUCCAUGUCCAAAGAAUCCCUUUCAUCUGGUCUUCUGCAGUCUCCCCCCAGCAAGCGAGCUAAACUUUCAGAGGUGUUUAGCUGUGUUCUGUGCGGGGAGGAGUUUGAGAAUCGUAAAGGCUUGGCCAGCCACUCACGGUCUCACCUGCGUCAGAUCGGCGUGGUUGACUUGCUGGGGAAUAACUCUGCUAUUGAGGCUGUUGAAGAGCUGGUCAGCAGUGGUGUGUUAGACAGCAUAGAGCCCCACCAAACAAACACUACCACCAAUUCAGCUGUAACAUCAUCUCCAGCACCACCCUCAGCCCCAGUUCCACAUCCACCCACAUCUCCAUCCCCAUCUCCAUCUCCAUCCCCAUCCCCAGCUUUAGCCAAAUCCCAGUCUCCAUUCCCCGCUCCACCCCUGUCCCCAUCACCUAUAAAGCAAACCCCUCCCACGAUUGUCACCCGGGCCCCAAAGGCGAAGAAAGGCUUUAGGCUAGCUGUGGACCCCCUGCUUAGGAAGCCCAAGCCUGAGCCCAUAGAGACUGAGAUGUCUGUUCCACCACAGCCAUGCAGCAAUACCAUCAACUCUCCCACUCAAAGGAUGUCAAGUCAUGCCAUUAACUCUGAGUCUCUCAAUGCAGUGUCCUCCACACAUACAGAAUCUAUACCAGCGGUACUUUGCGAUUUCUGCGGCCAGCUGUUUGACACUCGGAAGGCCCUGUCCUGCCAUGUCCGCGCCCAUCUGCGCUAUCUCGGCCUCACUUGGUCAGUCAACACAUCUCCAAUCGACCUCCUCAAAGAGUUUAUGUUGCAUGGUCAUAAAAUGAAAAAGGAGUCAGUGUUCAGUGGGAGUGCAGCGUCAGGAAAGGCCAUGUUGACCAAUCAAGGCCCCAAGAGGCCCCUGGACAGCCUGCUGGCGGAGGACUUGGCUACCAAGGCUUGUGCCACACCCCUGGACUUUUCCCUGAAAGAGAAAUCUCCCACCAGCAAGAGUGGGACCUCACACCCUGACACAUCCUGUGAGCUGUGUGGCUUUGACUUUGACAACCGCAAGGCCCUGGCCAGCCAUUGCCGAGCCCACCUCAGACAGCUGGGUGUGACUGAGUGGAAGGGAGACGGGAUGUCAGGCUCGCCUAUUGAACUUCUCAGUGAAAUAAUCAGGAAGGAGCCUACCAAGGUGGCAGAAAUAUCCCGACGCUAUCGUAAGGGAGACCUCUACAUCAAGAAGUCACAGAGACCGGGCCCUUCUCCUUCCAUAUCCACAGACUCCGACUAUGUGCCUGGCAGCAGCCUGAAGAGUGUGGGUGUGCACUUGGAGCACAGGAUGGGCAGAGAGGAGUUUGGGGUUGCAGGUGGAUCAUCCAGAGCAGCUCAUGAACGAUCACAGAUGGAGAGGAGCCACACGCAGACUCAGGCUGUCCGCGGGGACCUCAGUGCUCGCUCCCCAAGGGGGCUCCAUCCCCCAAAACACUCAGUGCCUAGAAGGGAAGACAACCAGGACACUAACUCCCAGCAGCCGUCACGUUCUGGGAACAUCCCUGCUCUGCUACCCAAGCCACCGCUUACUCCGCUGGUCAAGCUGGUGGGCAAAGUGUAUUCUCUCAAGUGCAGGUUUUGUGAGGAAGUGUUUCAUGGACCUUUGUCCAUUCAGGAGGACUGGAUCACCCACCUCCAGAAACACAUCCUGGCACUGGGCUACAAGGGCAAAGCAUCUCCCUCUCCUGCACCUGUAGCUACUUCGGCCUUCGUGGACCCAGUGGCCGUCUAGUCCGCUCACUGUUUCUCUAAUGGAUUUCAGGAAAUCUGAUCCUCAACUUGAAAAAUCAUGUCAAUCUGACGCCUUGUGAUCGCCAGAUUUUCUGCAGGGAAAUGUUUGGGGCAUAGUUAGGCACACAGGACACAGGAGGCACAUGGCACAACAGUCUGUGGCAGACGAGAAGGACUUGUUGUGAACAAGGGCAUGUAAUGACUUGCAUAAUGAUCGUGGGCAAUGAAGCAAGAAACAGUGUUUUUCUGUGUAUUUGUAGGUAACAGCUCAGGUAUGAGUUGUUUUGUUUUCCUGGGUUGUAUUUGCUACUGUGAAUUAUCAGCGAAGCACAAAUUAGAUGUCUCCCUCAUGUCCUGCAGAGGGCGCAAGUGAGCCAUUUCAGAAAACAGUCCUCUCAGGUGAAGACCAGCAGAUCAAAAACCACUGGAUGUGCUAAAAUAAAAUCAUUACAUUUCACACCUGCAGGAGAAAUGGUGUUGGGUCAUAUAGGUUCCAUUCUUUUUUCAGCUGAUCGAUUACACAGUUAUGAGCUUUCCAUUACACAGUUAUGUACUUUCUUCCUCACGCUGCUCACAUUACUUACUGUGUAUUUUAUGUAUUUGAAUGCAAUUUGUUUUUACCAUUGACAUGAGAUGUCAGAUGUACAUUCAGGGAAAUGGCCCUGGUCAAAAUAAAAUUAAUUUGCUGUCUUUUCAUCCUACAGAGGAGACUUGUAUAUGCUCAGCAUUGCACCAUGUCCUCUUUUCUCUCCUUUACAGACAUUUAACUUAGUUUUUAGUAUUUUAUUUUAACAAUACAACUAUUUACAAAACCUUUAUUUUCCCCUGUCUGUCCAUCAUAUUAACAUGUUUUUGAGUAACACUGAUACCAGAGAACUCUACACACCGAUAAGUCAUCUGUUUAUGGCAAAUUACAGAGAGCUGGGAAGCUGAAAGUCUCAUAUCCAAAGCAAAACUAGGUUUUAACAAUCUGUCUUGUCUAGAAACAGACAAAUAGAGAGAGAAAUAUUUCUUUUCUGCCAUUCAAUUCAGCUACAACCCUCAGCCAUUUGCUCUUGUUUAUAUUUGUAGUCUUGUCAUACUCAGAAUUAUUGUUAAAUAAAUGAUAUCUCUUUAAAGUU